UGGAUCAAAAUAGCAAGGAGAGAGAGAGAGAGAAUCAAAAUCCUCCCUGAGUUGUUGGAGGCAGCAAGGUCAGGGGACGCUUGCUCGCCUUCAACGAAUAGCUGGGGGGAACAAAACCUUCCUCAUCGCUGUCACGGCGGAGGGGAACGCUGUGCUCCACAUAGCAGCCAAGAUGGGACAUGCGGAGCUCGCAAAGGCCAUCUGCAGCCUGGUGCCCAUGCUGUUAACCAGACAGAACUCCAAAGGAGACACUCCGCGGCCAGGGCCGGCCGGGUAUCAUGACAUCGUCACCUCCUUCGUCUCCACUCGAAUAGCUGAUGAGGAACUUGGAGAGGAUCAUGGCCGCCUUCGUAAGGCGAGGAAUCGCGUCGGAAACACGGCACCUUCACGAGGCGGCCCAGAACGGCCACCUGGAGGAGGCCAAAGCGAUCAUGUCCAUGGAUCCAGACUUGGCGCCUCCGGUGAACCCGGCCGGCGUGUCUCCGCUCGACAUGGCCGCGGAAAGGUGGUCAUCGAAACUCGUGCAGUUGUUGCAGCGGUCCCCAGCUUUCUCCUACCAGCGAACUGCAUGCGGCUGUGCUCGGGACCCACGGAUGUAAAUUGCAUUAAAGAGGGCAGAGGCAGUGGCCUGCAGUGCAGCAUUUGGAGUGAUGAGCAACUUCAAGUUCAUUGGUAUAUCCGGUUGGCUGUGGCCUCCCAGCCAUAUUAGAAGAGCACCUGAAUAUUUUGCCACAUGAAGAUAUGGGCAAUGAAUGAAUAAGUGGAAGUUCUAGUAUUUUUAGGAGAAACCAAGAAGGUGAUGAAGAGCAAUGGUUUAGUGCUUACCAUGAAUGUAAUACCUGAGGGAAAUCCAGCAAUAACCAAGUCGACUUUAUUGAAGAUAUAUAAUCGCAACAUUAUGACUCCAUGAUCACUAUUUCAAAAA